GAUGCUACCGGCACCCGGGACAGCAUUUAGCAAUUUGCAUCUGAAACUUUGAGGGCUGUAAUAAUGGCAGUAAAUCUUCACAACUACCAAUGCCAAAAGCCACACAAAAGCAGGCAGAAGCUGGAAAGACCAAACAGACCAAACAGAAAGUGGAAGACCCACCCGCAGUCUCCGGAAGAAGCCCCGAGGCGCGCCGCGCAGGCACAGCCCUACGGACAGAGCGCGUCCCGCCUUGGCACGUGCGUGCAGUUCCCGCCUGCGGGAACGUCCCCACCAAUCAGAACGCGCCCCCUACGGCCCUCCGCGUUCCUGCGCCAGCCAAUCACUCGACGCUCCGCCUCAGGCCGCACGUGUCCCGCGCUCCUUUCCGAUUGGCCCGCUUCCCGGACGGAUGUGGCGUCACUGCGCUGCCGGAAGUGGCGGUAGGGAAGAUGGCGGCGCCGAGGGAACCGGUCGGGGAGGCGGCGUUUGCGCGGCGCAUUGACCCGGAGCGGGAGCCGGGGCUGAGCCCUGAGCAGCGCCGCUUCAUGGCGCAGGUGGAGCGCGCCCAGCGCCAGCGGGCCUUGCAGCGCCAGCUCCGCAGCCGCAACGUGUUGUUGGCGCUCGGCAUCGGCGUGGUCACCGCGGGCAUCUACGGGUAUACCUUCUACUCCGUGUCGCAGGAGCAGUUUCUGGACGAGCUGGAGCAGGAGGCGGAGGCGGCGCGGGCACGAGCCUGGGAGAGGCAGAAGAGUGCUGCGAGCUGAGCCCGGCCUGGCCCGGCAACGGCCUCGAGGAGACCAGAGUCGUGUGGGGCCUGCGUGGCCGUGUGACUCAUUACAGUGCCAGGGCACCAUGCAGGCAGGGCCUUUUGUCCUGGAGCACAGUGGGGUCUUGGCUAGGGACAUGCUCUCAAUGGGGUCGGGUCCCUGCUGCCUUUGCGCAAUAAAUAUGUCUAGAGCCUGA